UUCGGAGUGCCCGAACUUAAUUUACAAACGUGUGGAUCACGUCACACGAUUAUCGUCAUCGUAGGAGAAACUUGCAGAUAACGAAUUUACAAUUACAUCUAAAACGAGUCUCGACCAGUGCGAGUCCAUGAACAGGAAAUGGUGGUAGUAGUGCUUAUGGAGGUGAUCUUGCUAUUUGGUGGCUGCGGCCGCGCUACAAGCGACUGGUGGACAACACCUUCCCGGUGAACCCGGAGGAUGGCCUGGUCAAGUCGAACAUGGAGAAGCUGACCUUCUACUCGCUCAGCUCACCCGACAAGCUCGACCGCAUCGGCGAAUAUCUGUACCAGAAGGCCACCAAGGAUAUCAACCGCAAGCGCUAUAAGCUGGCAGAGAUCGCCAUGGAGGCCAUGGCCUUGCUGCUGCAGGCCUGUCACACUCAACCUGUUCGUAGAGUCGUUCCUGCGCAUGGUGCAGAAGCUGCUGGAGGACUCGAAUCCGAAUUUAAAAAUCAUGGCCACCAACUCGUUUGUCAAGUUCGCUAACAUAAACGAGGACACGCCCUCCUACCACCGACGCUACGAUUUCUUCAUCUCGAAGUUCUCGUCGAUGUGCCACAGCGAGGGCAGCGAUCUGCGGG